AUCGCCUCCAAACUCGAGUGGUUCACCGAUUACGAGAACAUCGCCAAUCCAACGACGUGGCUGAUAUUGAUUACGUGGUUUGCAGCCGGCGUGCUCCUCGGCAAAUUCCGGAAUGGGACACUAUUCGCGAGCAGAGCAUCCACCGCCGACACGUCCGCAGCGGCGCCGGCCCAAGAAAAGAGGGCCAAGGGCUCGGCGAAGAAGAAAAAGGCGUAG